UUGUUCUUCCGCAGCCAUCUUGGUGCAACUGAUUUCUCAUAGUACGGAUGGGACUGACUCUGCUUUAGUGUGUGAUAGUGUUGAAGGGAUAUUGUAUGUUGCUUGAAUGUUUUUCUAGGUUGGAUUCACUGUGUUGCGCGGCAAAAGCGAGGGACAAAACAAAAGCAUGUGAACAUAAUUUUCAGCUCAGGUGUGUAUGACAGACACGGUUUAGAAACAGAGGAAGAGACAAAACAAGGAUUAAGAAGGCAAACGAGAUAGAUAGUGAUAUUUGCUGGUAGCAUAGUAGUUCUAGUGCAACAGGUCCCUUCCUGAAAUUCAGUCCCCAGACAUGGGCCUGCGGUCAGCUCAGAAGAAGCACUUCCCCCUGCGGGGCAUCGAUGGCGUGGUGCAGCUCUUUGAGUAUGAGUUGGGAAACCCCGAGCCAGAUCUGGCCCUGCUAUCUCUGGUGCUGGGCUUCGUCGAGCACUUCCUGGCAGUCAACCGCGUGGUGCCUGUCAACGUCCCUGGAGUGCGAUUUGAACCCCUCAAAGGCGACUGCCUCAACUCCUGCUUCCCUACAGUAGAGCUGGGUUUAAUAUCAGCCCUGCAUGAACGCUUCACAGCUCAGAUCCGUGGUGCAGUGGAUCUGUCGCUGUACCGCAGGCCGGCCGCAGGUUCAAGCAGAGAGCUAGUGAAGAAGGUCUCGGAUGUGAUCUGGAACAGCCUGAGCCGAUCAUACUUCAAAGACCGAGCCCACAUUCAGUCUCUCUUCAGUCUCAUAACAGGCACAAAGUUGGACAGCUCUGGUGUGGCGUUUGCAGUGGUGGCUGCGUGUCAGGUUCUGGGGCUGAAGGAUGUUCACCUCGCCCUGUCUGAGGACCAUGCCUGGGUAAUCUUUGGCAAAGGGGGUGAGGAAACAGCUGAGGUCACAUGGCACGGCAAAGGCAAUGAGGACAGGAGAGGCCAGACAGUCAGUGCUGGAGUCAAUGAGAGGAGCUGGUUGUAUUUGAAAGGAUCCUACAUGAAGUGCAACCGCAACAUGGAGGUAGCGUUCAUGGUUUGCGCUAUCAACCCGUCUUUAGAUCUACACACAGACAGCUCUGAGCUGCUACAGCUUCAGCAGAGGCUGCUUUGGUUGCUGUAUGAGCGAGGAGACUUGGACAGGUAUCCAAUGGCAAUGGGUACACUCGCUGACCUUGAAGAUCAAGAACCUAUCGGCAAAGGAGACCCUCUCUCAAUCCAUCUCAAGGCUGUGGAGUCCGCCAAGAAGUACUACAACAAUGAGCAUAUCUACCCGUUCAUGUACUUGGCUGGAUACCACUACAGACAGAGGAAUGUGCAGGAGGCUCUGAGGGCCUGGGCCGAGGCUGCUACAGUCGUGCAAGAUUACAACUACUGCCGUGAGGAUGAGGAGAUCUAUAAGGAGUUCUUCGAUAUAGCGAAUGAUGUCAUCCCCACCCUUCUCAAAGAGACUGCUGCUGAGAAUGGAGGAGAAGGCACUGAGGGAGCAGAAAAGGACCAACCAAGACAGGCUGCAGCCCUCUCUGCCUUACAGGACCCAGAAUGCUUUGCACACUUGUUGCGUUUCUAUGAUGGAAUCUGUAAAUGGGAAGAAGGAAGUCCCACACCCGUGCUUCACGUCGGCUGGGCCACCUUCCUAGUUCAGUCUCUUAGCCGCUUCGAUGCUCAGAUAAGACAGAAAGUGACAAUCAUCACCAAAGAGUCAGAGCCGCAAGAUGACGAUGACCAAGCCAGUGACGACCCCCGCGAGGGCCGAAGAAGAGGGCCACGACGUGAGUCCAAAGCUGAGGAAUCGGCAGGACCCUCUCCACCAGCUGCUACUGCAGCUCCUCCCUCCCAGCCUGGCCAGCCCAAAAAAGUGGGUGGAGAAGGGGGCCGCCGUCGUUCUUCAGCUGGAGGACGAGGGAAAGAGACAGACGGGAAGAAUGAAGCAUCUUCCCCAAACAGUCCUGUUCCUUCCCCUACUCAAGCAGUGGUAGCCUCCAGUGGGCCUGUGGUGUCGUUCCACAGUGAGAAGAUGAAGGGCAUGAAGGAGCUGCUCUCGGCAGCCAAGAUCAACUCAAGCGCCAUUAAGCUGCAACUCACUGCCCAGUCACAAGUUCAGAUGAAGAGGCAGAAACCCACCCCCUCCGGCGACUACAGCCUGUCCUUCAUGAAACGCCCUCGCAAGACUCUCUAGUGUGCUCCUUAAAAGAUCGUUUUCUUUUCCGGCUUACUGUCACCUUGAGUAAACAUCACUUUGCCUGUAAUACUGUAGGAUGCAGUAUUUUCAAAGUUGAUGGUGAAAACUGUCAGCUCACUGUAUGGUCUGUCAUGUACCAGCACUGACUGUUAAUAUGAUCCAAUAGCAGGAUUCCCCAAUUCCAAGCCUCAAGAGCCACAACACUGUAUAAUUAAGUUUUUCCACGCUCUUACUAGGGCAGCACAAUAUGAACAGACUUUUGCUACACACUGGGAUUGUGAGAUGCCUUGCAAAAUAUUAAAACAAGCAGAUGAACCCGUGAUGUGCCACGGUCUGCAUUUAUUUGUCCAAAACAGCAUUUUUUUUUUUUUUUUUUUUUUUUUUUUUAAAUUGCAACAAUAUCACAACAUACUUGUUUAGAACAAUUGCAGUUAAUCAGAAUGCUUACACAACAUAAUGUAAUAAGGUGAUUGCUUAGAAUCAUUAAAUUUUCAGAACUUAUAUAUAGUAGAAAAUGUCAAAAUUUCACUGUGUGAAGGGAUUUCGCAGGCCACCACACUUGUACUACGCAGCCCUAGAAAUCUGCCGUGUUAUGCAAAUUAUAACGCAAGAUGAAUUAUCUUAAAAAAAAAACACUGAACUGUCGUGUAACUGUUUAGGACUGGAAUUAGAGAAUUUGGCUGUAUACUAAGAAAUUAAUUCAAUUUUGUAUUUUUAUAUUUGCUUUCACAAUAAUUGCAUAUGAAUUUAAAAUCACAUUGUGCCAAAGUCUGUAGUGUUUAAAAGCUGUAAAAAUGUUAUUUUUUUUCUUCCCCCCAAAUGUUAUACUUUUGUAAGGUUUCUCAAAUUUUUCACAUUUGAGCUACAAGCUAAGCAUGCUGGUGUUUAGCAUUGCCUACCUUCUUCAUUUUACCUUUGUCAUAUUAGUGCUACGUAAAAUGUUCAAUUUUACGAGUGUCCUUUAGUACAUAAUGUCAAGGUAAAUGCUUUUUGAAAAACUGCUGCUCAGUAUGAAACUAUUUUUAUAAUAAAGAAGUCUCAAGAAAAUUAUGAAAAAUCUAUUUUAUGAAAAUAAAUAUU